GCGCAUGCGCGGACCCGGCGCCAUUUUGGUGGCCGGGCGCGGAGGUGAUUCCACACUGAGGGGAGCGCGGCGGCCAGGGUGGCAGUGGCAGCGUUCCUGGGCUCGGGUGUGAAUCGCCGAGGGAGGAGGCGGUGGAGGAAGAGGUGGCAGCGGUGGCGGUGGUCGUAGCGGUGGCGGAGGAGGCGGGUACGAAUCAGCUGCGGGCGGAGACAUGGCCAACAUCGCGGUGCAGCGAAUCAAGCGGGAGUUCAAGGAGGUGCUGAAGAGCGAGGAGGAGGAAGAUAUCAACUAGAGAUAAAAAUACCAGAAACAUAUCCAUUUAAUCCCCCUAAGGUCCGGUUUAUCACUAAAAUAUGGCAUCCUAAUAUUAGUUCCGUCACAGGGGCUAUUUGUUUGGAUAUCCUGAAAGAUCAAUGGGCAGCGGCAAUGACUCUCCGCACGGUAUUAUUGUCAUUGCAAGCACUGUUGGCAGCUGCAGAGCCAGACGAUCCACAAGAUGCGGUAGUAGCAAAUCAGUACAAACAAAAUCCAGAAAUGUUCAAACAGACAGCUCGACUUUGGGCACAUGUGUAUGCUGGAGCACCGGUUUCUAGUCCAGAAUAUACCAAGAAAAUAGAAAACCUAUGUGCUAUGGGCUUUGAUAGGAAUGCUGUAAUAGUGGCCUUGUCUUCAAAAUCAUGGGAUGUAGAGACUGCAACAGAAUUGCUUCUGAGUAACUGAGGCAUAGAGAGAGAGCUGCUGAUAUUAGUCAAGCUUGCCCCUUCUUGAGGAGCAUCAACAUCUGUUAUUUUUAGGAUUCUGCAUAGAUUUCUUUUAAACUGGCAUUCUUGCCUAAUGAUGUUAUCUAGGCACCAUUGGAGACUGAAAAAAAUCCUUGCUCUGUAAAUAAAGCUAAUUAAACGUCUGUGUAAAUUUAAAAAGGGGAAAUACUUUAAUUUUUUUCUUACUUAAUAGUGUAAAAAUUCUUUGAGCUAAGCUAAAACCAUGGAAAAAACAUGCUACUUUAGUGUUUAGCAGUGUACCAAGACUAGCGAGAGUUUGCUUCAGGAUUUCGUUGAAUAAUUAAGAUAAUAUUUUGAGUGUGUCAGGGCCAUUUAAAUUGUUGGUGUUGCAUCACAGCUACCUUAACUGUUUUUAACAUGGAUCCUCUGUGCCUGUGAAUUUACUUGCAUGCUUGUACUUGACUUCUUAGGAUGGGUAGCUGAAAAGACCACCAUUUUAAGCAUUUUGAGAAUUCUUAAAUAUGAGGUUUAUCCAGAAUUGAAGAUGGUGACCUAUUCAGAGCCUUUUUGUCCUUGUCAGCAGACUGGGGCACCAUAUCUGUUUUUCCCCUCUUGCCACACAAAGCUAAUACUCUAAUAGUAAACUUCUCUGUAUUGGUGGGGAAAUGUGCUAAGGGGCAGUAUCCCUUGCUACACUUUUAGGUCAUCCAUUCGGAAUGUUUUGUCACAGUUCUUCACUCUGAACACUUUCCUAUGUAAGCAAGUAAUAAUGUAGAAAUGGAGCUGCCAAUUUUGUUUCUCUUACAAAAACAGUCAAUACUUGAUGUUGCAGUAUUCCUAAGAUUUAAUGAAAGAACCCAACUUCAUAUUUCAGUGAAUUUGACAUCUUUCUAUUUUCAAGCUGAUGAAAUUUUUCUUUGAGAACUUGCAAGGAUGAAAUCAACUAUUUGCAAUUUUUUAGCCUAAUUUUUGCUUUAUGGAGAUUGCUUUAUCAAAUACUUUAAAAGUCACUCUUGCUUACAUUUCCCCCUAUUAAUACAUGAAAGCUGUGUUGGCGUUUUACUGUACAUACUUCAAAUGCACAUAGGAAUAGAAGUGUGUUAUAAAUCUAGCUUUCUUUAUGAUGUUUCUGAUAAAUAUAAGAAUUGAAAACUUUACCUUCUCUUGUACAUAGUCAGACUUUCUAUUUGUAUUAAAGUUACAUUUCAUUCUAAGUUCAAAAGUUUGAAAAUUAUUAGUUUUGUAAGCUCAGACAUUAAUGUGACCAUUUUAUGAAGGUUGAAAUGGAUUUAUGCAGGCAGUUCUAUACAUAGAGACACAGUUCUUAUUAAAUUUUCAGGACCAAUGCAAAAUAACAAAAAUGUAAUGGAAUCAGAAUGAAUUAAAGUAAGGCUGUAUAUUGAAACUCAUAUUAUAAAAGAUUUGCUUUCUUCAAGUGUUAUUUAUCCUAAAUUAGAAUCAUUAAGUGUUUGGAAAAUAAUUUUGAACCAUAAAUUUAGCAUAAUUUCAUUUGACUUCUCAAUAAUCUUAGAAGCAAUAAAAGAACCAUUAUUAAAUAUA